AUUAUCUCCGAAAUGCCCCUUUAGUUUUAUAUAGAACGCGGGCAUCAGCUUCUCGUCUACGCUUGCGGGUAUUGCUCUGAAAAACACCCGCCGUUUUUUGCUUUCGAAAACAACCAUUUCUACUGGAAAAGUUGGCCAUUGCUGUCUGCAGUUGGCUUAAUAUAUUAUCUAGGGUUCAAUAAUCUUAUUCUCGUUUCAUCCCCACCGUAAUCGCGCAAUUUCCCUGCUUUUGAAACUCUUCAAAGUUCUCGUUAUUUUGAGAAGAACAUUGAUAACCGUUCCUGUGGUAAUGAAGAAAGCCAAGAGGAACGUGGCCAUUGUAAUUUCAUCGUCCGAUGACGAUGAAGACUUUUCAGUGAAGUCGAAUUUCACCCACACGAAAUCGAAAGCGAAAUCGGAAUCGGAGUCUGUUCCGAGGAAGAACCCUAAAAGGGCUAAAACGGCGAUACUUUCGGCAUCAUGUCCACGCCCAUCUAAAGAGGGUAGUGUUUUCGAUGAGAUGAAACGGUUUUGUGAGGAGUUUGAUGAUGAUUUCACAGGCAUCAAGGUAUCUGCUGGUCUUCAAAGCAACAAUGACAUGUGGAUCGACAAACAUAAGCCUCAUUUCCUGGAAGAGCUUGCAGUUCAAAAGAAGAAGGUCGAAGAAGUGAAAACAUGGUUUGAAGAAAGACUAAAAGCUGCAACGGAUGGUCAUAGUAAUGUUCUUCUUGUUGCUGGACCUUCUGGUAUUGGAAAAACUGCGACUAUCCAUGCUAUUGCUUCGCAUCUUGGUGUCACAAUAUGGGAGUGGACCACACCUACUCCAACAGUUUGGCCAGAACAUUUGCAUAAUUCUAAUUCAGGGUUAAAAUACAUGUCAAAACUAGAUGAGUUUGAAGGUUUUGUUGAGAGGGUGAGAAAGUAUGGAUUAACUUCUCCAACAUUGAAGGGAUCACAGGCUUCAGUCAUACUCUUAGUGGAUGAUCUUCCUGUGGUAAAUGUAAGAGCUGCAUAUGGAAGGCUUCAAAGGUGUUUGACCCUACUUGUGCAAUUAGUCCGCAUUCCAACAGCCAUAGUGAUCACCAACUAUGACAAGGAUGACUCUGCAGACUUUAGCACACGCUGCUGGGAAGAACUCCUUGUAUCCCUUCAUAGUGCUGGUGCCUGUAAGGUCAACUUCAACCCUGUCACUGUCAAUUCAAUCAAGAAAACACUUACAACUAUAUGCAGAAAGGAGCAGCGUGAAGUUGGUGCUGAUUCGAUUGAUCUAAUAGCCAAAGCGAGUGGAGGUGAUAUCAGACAUGCAAUUAAUUCUCUGCAGUAUCUCUGUCUUAAACCACAUAGAAGGCCUAUUCUAUCGUCAAAAGAAAGACUGGAUAGUGUUAGUUAUUUGGAUGAUGUGUUUUGUUUGCCAUUCGGAAAAGAUGAAACCCUCUCUCUAUUCCAUGCAUUAGGCAAAUUUCUACACAACAAAAGAGAAAGUGAGCACACAAUUGCAUCAGAUAGAGACGCAUUCCUUCUGAAGGAAAACUUUGUGAGAUUUCCUCUGAAAAUGGAUGCUCCAGAAGUUAUUCUUUGUCAAGCACAUGGGCAAGCGACGACUCUUUCUGAUUUUCUGCAUGAAAAUGUUUUAGACUUUCUGAGUGAAGAAGCAAUAGAUGAUGCGUGGCUUGUGGCAUCAUAUUUAAGCGAUGCAGAUUUUCUUCUCUCUUCACUUAAUGGACAUCUAUCUAGAGACUUUGGAGCUGAGAACAUCAUACAGUCAGCUGCCGCUUCAGUUGCUGCCAGAGGAGUAUUAUUUGGGAAUGCUCAUCCAGUGCCUUCCAGGUGGCAUGCUAUUCGACGUCCCAAACUGUGGGAGGUUGAACAAUCAUCACGCCGCAAUAAGUGUCAAAUGUUUAGUCAGAGGGGUGACUUGUAUAAUAGCCUAACCAUAUCAAAUCAGAUAGUUAUGGCAACCGAGUUUAGGCCUUCCUUAAAAUGGCUUGGAUGCAGAGUAUCUGAAGGUUUCCAAGCAGACAACAUGGUUGAAUAUGACUCAGAUAGCGCCUGUUUGCAUGAGAAUAAGCUGGAUUUGUCAGACGAUGAGAUAGAAGAUUGGUAGUUUGAAGCAGUGUAUCAAUAUAUGGUACACGCGGGGUCUUUUUCAACUGUAAAUUAUGUACAUGGCUGAAAUUAUGUAAAUUUUCCAGAGGAAACAUACAGCUAAGUUCAUACUAAUUGAACUAAUAUUUUGGACAGUGCAGGAUUUGUGACGGAAGACCUUUGUUUUGUAGUUUGAGGAAUAUUCAACAAAAGUUUACUGA